AGGUUUUGUCGUUAAAAAUUGAAGUGAACUCGAAGAAAGAACAUCAACGUAGAAAAUGUUUCGGUUGUUUGUUACACUUUUGUUCUGCAGUGCGUUAGUGGUUUUCUGCACUGCUGAUAACGGUUGUCCUCCGAAUGAAAUAAGGUGGUGCUCAACACUAUGCGAGCCGAGUUGUGCAAUUCCAGAACCUAGAAAAGUUGGGUGCAUAAGCGAAUUGGUAUGUAGACCAGAAGGCAUACAAAAUGGUCCCUGUCGAUGUGCGGAUGGCUACGUUCGAGACAACGAAGGUUCUUGCAUCGACCUUGGCGAAUGUCCGGAUUCAUUUAAUUUGUAACGUUAAUAUUUCUCUUCAAAUACGAUAAAAUAUUAUAUAUAUAAACCAAUGUGUCACUAAUAAAUGCAUUCGAAAU